AUGGUGAAGUUCGAACAAGGUCAAGCUGCCUUCAUCACUGGAGCAGCGGGAGGAAUUGGUAUGUCUGCUAGCUUCAUGGCAAACUGGGCUCGUCUGGAGCCUGCGGUUCUCCGAGUACGAGGGGGGGCUUUGGCAGUUGCUCUGGCAAGUAGAGGAGUGCAGGUAACGAUUCUCGAUUUGAAGGUCGCGCAGGGUGAAGAAACCGUUCGGUUGGUGGAAGAGCAGCAUGAAAAGAUCUUUUAUAAGCCUAGAUCUCCUUCGGCGAUUUUCAUUCGCUGUAAUGUUACCAAGUCUGCUGGAUCGGCGCGUCGCUGCCUCAUUGAUCAGGUAAGCCUGAUGAAGAAUGCAAAAUGGGUGAUUGUGAUGUGUGUCCCAGAUGAGCUGGCUGCCGCGUUCUCUCGCCACCAGGAGAUGUUCGGACGCCUUGAUGUUUGCAUCAACAACGCCGGAAUAGGGGAAGGAAAGCCUUUCUUCAAUAGUGAAGACUGGCGCAGAGUGAUUGACUUCAAUCUCGUCGCCUUAAUUGACGGCACCGCCAAAGCGAUUCAAGCGAUGAAAGAGAAAGGAGGUUUUAUAUUGAUUCUGGGAUAUGGGGCUAGCCUUGGGCCUGUGCCGUAUAUGCCGGUUUAUGCUGCAACGAAAGGAGCUAGGAUCACUGACCCGAUGGCUUUCCUAAUGCAGAUACGUGGAAACACCGCUCACCUUAUGGACUCUCCUCGCGAUAACCUCGGGUUUGUAAAAAUGGAGAGAGUACUUGCGGCUGCUUUCUACCUUCUAGACGACGAGAGCAUGUCAGGCGAGUGCAUUCGGAUCCCAGUCAACAAACCCACCCAGAUCUGGCCAUACGUUGAAACAAAAGCCAAGUAUACGACGCUCUUUAAGGGCGGAACUGUUUUCACCGGCGCCUUUGAAUGA